AUGAGAAAGCUGGGAGGACCCACCAAAGGCUCAGAGAUCAGGGAUAAUCUGACACCCCAAAGCCUAAUCUUCUUAGUGGACCAGGAUAAGAUGACCCCCUACAUACCCACCCCCCCAGCCCCCUCCAUACCCACCUCCACCAAUCCCCCCCAGCCCCCUCCAUACCCACCCCCACCAGUCCCCUCCAUACCCACCACCACCAGUCCCCUCAAUACCCACCCCCCCAGCCCCCUCCAUACCCACCUCCACCAGUCCCCCCCAGCCCCCUCCAUACCCACACCCACCAGUCCCCUCCAUACCCACCACCACCAGUCCCCUCCAUACCCACCCCCACCAGCCCCCUCCAUACCCACCCCCACCAGUCCCCUCCAUACCAACCCCCACCAGUCCCCUCCAUACCCACCCCAACUAGCCCCCUCCAUACCCACCCCCACCAGCCCCCUCCCAGUCCCCCCAGCCCCUCCUGGCCCCUCCCAGUCCCACCAGCCCCCUCCAUACCCACCCCCACCAGCACCCUCCAUACCCACCCCCACCAGCCCCCUCUCAUCCCCUCCAUACCCACCCCCACCAGUCUCCUCCAUACCCACCCCCACCAGCCCCCCCAGCCCCCUCCAUACCCACCCACACCAGCCCCUCCAUACCCACCCCCACCAGCCCCCUCCAUACCCACCCCAAAUAGCCCCCUCCAUACCCACCCCCACCAGUCCCCUCCAUACCCACCCCCACCAGUCCCCUCCAUACCCACCCCCACCAGCCCCCCCCAGCCCCCUCCAUACCCACCCCCACCAGCCCCCUCCAUACCCACCCCCACCAGUCCCCCCAGCCCCAUCCUGGCUCCACCCAGCCCCUCCUGGCCCCACCCAGUCCUUCCAGCCCCCUCCUGGCCCCACCCAGUCUUACCAGCCCCCUCCUGGCCCCUCCCAGUCCCACCAGCCCCCUCCUGGCCCCUCCCAGUCCCCCCAGCCCCAUCCUGGCUCCACCCAGCCCCAUCCUGGCUCCACCCAGCCCCAUCCUGGCUCCACCCAGCCCCUCCUGGCCCCACCCAGUCCUUCCAGCCCCCUCCAUACCUACCCCCACCAUUCCCCUCCCAGUCCCACCAGUCCCAUCCUGGCUCCACCCAAACCCUCCUGGCCCCUCCCAGUCCCACCAGCCCCUUCCUGGCCCCUUCCAGCCCCCCCCACCAGCCCCCUCCCAGUCCCCCCAGCCCCAUCCUGGCUCCACCCAGCCCCUCCUGGCCCCACCCAGUCCUUCCAGCUCCCUCCUGGCCCCACCCAGUCUUACCAGCCCCCUCCUGGCCCCUCCCAGUCCCACCAGCCCCCUCCUGGCCCCUCCCAGUCCCACCAGCCCCUUCCUGGCCCCUCCCAGCCCCCCCCACCAGCCCCAUCCUGGCUCCACCCAGCCCCUCCUGGCCCCACCCAGUCCUUCCAGCCCCCUCCUGGCCCCACCCAGUCUUACCAGCCCCCUCCUGGCCCCUCCCAGUCCCACCAGCCCCCUCCUGGCCCCUCCCAGUCCCACCAGCCCCUUCCUGGCCCCUCCCAGCCCCCCCCACCAGCCCCAUCCUGGCUCCACCCAGCCCCUCCUGGCCCCACCCAGUCCUUCCAGCCCCCUCCUGUCCCACCAGCCCCCUCCUGGCCCCUCCCAGUCCCACCAGCCCCUUCCUGGCCCCUCCCAGCCCCCCCCACCAGCCCCUUCCUGGCCCCUCCCUCCCAGCACCAUGUCCCUCUGAUAGCCAUUUUAGCCAGCAUGGAGACAAUGGCCUGGUCCGGGACUUAA